UGUAGUUUGCUUCUCAACGCCAAUCAUAAAAGUAUCAUUUUGAAUCACGUCGCCAAAACCAUGGCUUUAUGGAUUGUUUACUACUAUUUCGUUUCUUCAAAUCUGCCCGCCAUUUUAAAUUUGAGUAUUUCAAAAAUAUGUGAGCCGACUGUAUCUUGUCAGCGGCAAUGUAAAUAUAACUUUUUAUCCAAUCAAAAUAACUGUAGUAUUUUUUGCUUGUUUUUAUGAGCCAAUAGAAAGACAUAUAAGAUUGAACAAAUUCUCCCAUGAGUCUUAGAGGUGUGCAAACAGCUGAAAAAUAAACGAAGUCAGCUCAAAAAUCAUCGUGAAGUUUUCUGCUGAUCAUUGUGUUUCAUCUAUACUGGUUCUGUUUAAACUUAUGGAAGAAAGAUCAAAAAUGUCAGCUGCCAAUGUAGAAGUUCUUGAAGAGCUAGGAGAACUUAUCGAGGACAUGACAACUACAGGACAACCCUCACUCGAUGAAACCCAACUCAAAAGACUCAAAUCUAUUUGCAAAACCUCAAAUUCGUAUAUCAACCAUGCUUUUCAUUUGGUGAUGACACAAUUGAAGAAAUACCACGCAGAAAUUAGACUUUCGUCUCUCCAAAUAAUUUCUGAACUGUUUACUAGAUCGCAUGUAUUUAGAGAGCUUUUAUUGUCAGAAUUCCAAGUAUUUCUUGAACUGGUUGUUGCAUCUGAUGCAAAGAAGCCUCUGCCACCUCCAUCUAGCACUGCCAAGACUUUGAAAAACAAAGCAGUUGAUGCAAUUGAAAGCUGGCACCAGAGUUAUGGAAGCCAUUACAAAAAGCUGGACCUUGGCUAUCACUACCUAAAACGAAUAAAACAUGUGGAAUUUGAUGCUGUUCGAAACAGGACACUAGUUGAAAGGAGGCAUGCUCAGGACAGAGAGGAGAGAAAACAGAGAAUAUUAAAGAAAAAAAUUGAUAGAGUUGAAAAUGAGAUAGCAGAACAAUUAGGACACAUAGAACUCUGUAUAACGGAGAUAAACAACUGUUUUAAGCUACUGCUUCCACAUCCAGACGAUUAUGAUGUUCACAACGUUGAGACAGCAGAUGUUUGCUCUUUAGAGAGCACCCAAACAGAAAAGAAGGGGAAUUCUGAAAMRGAAACUGCUACAAAUGAAGAGUGUGAACAAAAUGUUGACAGUGUUAAUAMAAYAGAAGAUAACAAUGGUCAARAUGCCAGCGAAAAUAAUGAUUCUUACGUCAACAAAAGUGAUGAUAAUUUGGAUGAUACUGUUGCUAACAAUCUCAAAGAUCAUGGCCUUGGCUCUAGAACUUAUGAAAUAAACAUUAAGAUUAAUGAACUACAGCCAUCAGUGAAUGAAACUGAAGAUAACGCGAUUGUUUUAGAAACAACUAGAGAAAUGAACAAAGAAAUCACUCAUAAAUACCUGCCAAUGGUAAACCAAUGGUURAAUACCUUCUCCAAAACAGGUUACAGUCAAAAGAGGAUUCAAAGUGURAUUGACUUAAAAAGACAGCUUGUAUCUGCCAAGGAAAAGUUUAUUGAACUUGAUAUCACACCAAUUAUAGUAAAGGAGGAUAAAGAAGUUGAAUGCAAUGAUGAUGAUGAUGAUGAUGAUGAUGAUGAUAUGGUUGAUGUGCCAGAGAAAGAAGGUAUUGAGUUCAUACCUCCUGAGCUAAGAUCUGAGUAUGGAUUAGAGCCCUUAGACAGUUCAUCUAAAGAAGAGUCAAACUCCACAGAACAAACAGAUGCAGAUUUCCUCAGCCAGCAUGGUUUUACCUUGAAGGAUGCUGAAGAUCCCACAUCACAUGCAAGAGCUCUCCUUGAAGCAAGGAAAAAAUAUGGUGAUAUUGCAACUACAAAGCAAAUUGAAUCAUCAACAUCAGUUUCUACUUCUGCAGCUUCUUCUUUGUCUACCAAAGARGACGACAGUAAAAGGAAAAAGCUUCUUGAAAAAGCACCAGUCAUUAAAUUUGACAUGGACCUUUACCACUGGGACGACCCCAACUAUGAACCACCCAAGAUAAUCAGAUCACAUAACUUUCAUAACUUCUGGGCAUCAAAAGAUGCAGAAACAGAACAGACAUUUGAGGAAGCCAAAGGAUCUAUGAUUAAGAGAAAAAUAUUUUUUGGAGGUAAGUUUGAGCCAGUGAAAUGGUCAUGCCGUGCUCCUCUUCCGAGUGGGAAACUAUGUCCGAGACAAGAUCGAUACAAAUGUCCUUUCCACGGAGUCAUAAUUGCUAGAGAUGAAAACGGAAGGCCUGCUGCUGAGAGCUCUUCUACAUCCACAUCUUCUGCUCCAUCAACGUCAAACACUGAGAUGUGGCAAGACUUACAGAAUGACAUUGAAGCCGCCACUGGGAUUGAUCUGAACCAAAAAGUGAAAAAGYGCAAAGCAAGGAAAGCAGACAAUCYAGAUAGGAAGUUAUCCAGGAAAGAAAAGUAUGCUAGAUUGACAGAUCUGCAGAAGUCUUCAAAAUCWCCUCAAAGUCGCCUAGAGAAGAAAGUGCUGAACAAGGCUUCAUUGAAGAGAGUUGCAGCUGAAAUGGAUAGUUUAGCUACCAAAAGAGUUUUAGAUAAGUUUGGUGAUCAGUUUAAUUAUCACUUCACUGGAAAAUAGGUAGUUUUGAAAGUAGACAAGGUAGGCAAAAAAAUUUAAUUGUUUGUCAAGCAACAUUAUUCAAAAGUUGAAGAUAAUAGUAUAGAAAUUAUGGUGUAUAGCAUCUGUUCAAUGUGUUUUGCAGACCUACAAUUUAUAAUAACCAUUGUAGCAUUUAUAAAGUACCACUACAUACCCUUGUAACAAUGCUGUUAGCUUCAAAGUCUCAUUUGUAUGUCAGAGCUGACAUAAAUAUUUGUAUUGCUGCAUGGGCUGCCGAUCCUGACAAAACUCAGGAUUAUCAUUGAUUAGCAAUGGACUGCUAUCAAUCAACUAAUACACUUUGAUCUGCUGGGUGGUUGAAAAGAAUGACAUUGGUUUUAAUUGAUGACAGUCUAAUUGCCUAUUACUUUUUGUCUGUGUUGGUCAAGUGGCAAUGCAAGCAAUGUAAUGGUAAUCACUGUUUUUAUGACUGACGGCACAAAGUAUGGAUGAAUGAAAAUAUAUUAAAGGACAUUGUGAUACAUUUGUUCUAAAUAGAUCAUUUAUUAUUAUUAAUGCAUUAUUUCAAAUAAAAUACACCAAAGAUUCAUUUUAUUUGUUGUUUCCAUUUAGACUUAUAAUUUAGUUUAGACUCUUAAAACUAGCCAAAUGUUACUGUGUAAUCAUCCAAUGAAAAUAAAGGCAAAUUCAGAGGUC